UUUAUUUAUUAUUUAUUCACUGAACUUGGUUAAAUGGCUAAAUUAGUAACUUUCAAAUUUCAUAUAAAAUAAAGGGUAAUUUGGUAAUCAACCACAAAACCCAGACCUAUAUAAAUCCACGAAGCUGAAAAGAUUCGCAGACCUGAGAAUUCAGAUUCCAAUGGCGGUGACGCAAAAAUCCGACGGCGAUUCGAAACAACCGAAAGAAAGAUGCCAAUCUGGACAAAGUGCGAUCAAUAAGGAUGUUUGUGGAAUGGCUAAAAGUUACAAACUGAGGAGAAAGAGAAAUAGAAGCAACGAAUCCGAUAGCCUCUCCGAUAUCGAUGAUGCUGAGGUUUCUGGAUACCUUAACACCACAGAGGAGUUCCACUUGAAAAAGAUUAUGUGGGAAGCAAUGAAUCGGAAUCAUACACAAGCCAAGAAACAGAAACGAAAACCCGAAAAAAAGAAAGAUGUCUCUGUUAAGGAAGCUGCUGCUAAGACCACCAAGGAAGUGGAGGUCCCGAAACGGAGCUCGAAGAUUAACUAUGAUGCUCUAAAACUCCUUAACGAUGAGUUGGAUCAAGAAGGUUGUGAAACGGCUGGGAUUAUUCCGGAAGAUUCUUAUGCUCGUAGAACUGAGGAUUCGUCAGAUCGAAAUAUCGGCCAUGGAUCUAAUGAGAGCAGUUAUUAUGAAGAUGAUCAAACUUUUGGUGGUGAUGACAAUGAGACGUAUUACGAAAGCGAGGAAGAACGUCUCGAUUUUGAUGAAUGUUGGUAAAAUUGAAGGGUAUCAGUCAUGAGAAUUUUGUGCUAAUACUUCAUUUAUGAAAUUGGAUUUCUAUAUAAUCUUUACAAACCAAGAAGAGUGCGGCGUUUAACGACAACGACUUUGAAUUCGUUGUCAGUACUUUCUACUCAAUUUUGUUCAC